AUGGCGUCUGAGCCUAUCGUUGACGACAUUGCCCUAAACAAGGCUACACCAGACCAUGACAUUCAUACUGCAGAUGAUGCUAACGAAGUUGCAGAAACCCUGGCACGCCUGGGGAGCUCUUCCGCUGAUGAGCAUGUAACAAAUAACAGCGCUCUAGAAGUCAACGACGACGAGGACGACUAUGACCCCGAAUCGGCGCUUGCUGUAACUGAACCCGUGGAAGCAUUACCGACCGGUUCUGAAACAGUUGGAGCUGACUUGAGUUCCACGCCUGAUAGUGAAACCGAAAGCAACUAUGAGCCUGAGUUACCUCUGGAAACCGAAGAUCCUAUCACAACAGCCCAAGAAAGUUCUGAAGAACAUGCUAAGUCACACGCUGAUAAUGAUAAUGAAAAUACGGAGAGCAACUCUCCUGACUCAGAAAUUACCGAUGCUUUAGUGCAGUCUACAUCGGAAGUGAACUCAGGUAAUGACAAGAGUCAAUCCUGUGGAGACUCUGCAACCAAAGAAAAGGAUUCUCCUGCUUCUGAUUCCGAUGAUGACUAUGACCCAGAAAAGGGUCUUUUGCCUGGGUCUCCUGCCGACAGGGCUCCAUGCUUACCGCCAAAACCCACUGAACAACCUGAGCAGGCCGAGCAUGUUCCGAUAGCGAAUCUCAAAGAGGCAUACGAUGCAGUUAUGCAAAGCGAAGUUGUAAGGCUGGAACUGUUUUCGCAAUUAUCAAAAGAAAAGCAGAUGGAGGUGAUCCAGGAGCUUCUUCGAGAAAAACACAUUGCGUUACCUGGAACUCAAAGCAUCCGGGAAAUUAAUGAACCUCAAAAUAGCAGCAACUUGACCGUCUCUUCAACCGGACAAAUGAGUAGCCAAAGAGAUAGUGACAACUCGAAAGAUAGUCGACCCGAUAUCAUGCUGCCCAUGACAGACCAGGAGAUUCAGGCAUAUGAGCAGUUUCUUGUCACAGAGUCUGAGUUUUUGAAUUCAAAAGAGGAACUUCCCGAAGACUCUAGGCUUUUUGUGGGGAAUCUUGCUACAAACCUCGUGAAAAAGGAGGACCUCUUCCGUAUUUUCAGCCGUUAUGGUGAAUUGGUAGAAAUCUCGCUUAAAACAGGCUAUGGUUUCGCGCAGUUCAAGACACCUGAAGCAUGUGCUGCUUGCAAAAAUGGUGAGACAGGAAAGCCACUUCACAAUAGAUUGAUGAGGCUCGACUCUUCCCAUAAGCGUAAAAAUGCACAAGGCCCUACAGAAACAGGUGGCCGCGGAAGAGAGCGUUCCGCAAAUGAUGACUCUGAGGGGUCUGAUUCAAAAAGAGCAAGAGUCAAUGUAGAGGAUGUCCAUGUUGUGUCUACAGAAAAAUCUUCUGAUGUGCUCGUCAACACAUUCGAACAGGCUUUGCAGAAGGAUCAUUUGACACACAAGUUGAAACAGAUCGGAAAUGAGGACCCCAGUGAAGAAAUUCGCGAUGCCGCAUAUCUGGGUGUGUUGGGGGCUUGUGUUGUUAAGGACACCAAGGUCGAUCUUCAAAUCUUUGAAGAAACGGGAGAUGGGGGGGUCAAAUUUGACGAGUACCUUGACAUCGAGCCCUCAGCGGCCUGCGAACUUAUUGCUGGCGCAAAGCGUAGCAGGGUGCAAAGAAGGGAGACAAUGGCGAGACUGAGCUCCUCAAAAAGGACGGACCGUUCUCAAAGAUUCAGGCAAUCUGCAAAAAACGCCAAUGCUGGUUUCCAGGAUGACAGAAGAAGAAACUUUCCCGAAAGACCUCCCAGAUUUCACCAGAAUGAGAGAGAUGGCCGCGAUAUUCAUGGAUGGCAAAGAAAUAACGGCCAUCAAGGACAAUCGAGAAGCAACUGGGACCAGAAUAUGCCUCGUGACAACGGCUACAACUCCUUUUCAGGGAAUAGUGGCAAUUUCUACCAAGGCCGCGGGUCAGGAUACGGCUCUGGUCUGAACUAUCAACAGCCAGGCUACGACAACGGUCAAUUUGGACCUGAUCGAUUUCGCCUUAAUGGCCGAAAUCAAAAUCAAGGAUACAAUCACAACGGAUAUCAUAGUAACAGGGGCCAUCCAGACAAUCAGCAUCAAAAUUUUGGAGGUCCUUCACAGGGUGGGCCGAUGCAUUAUAGCGGACUGAUGGCCCAGCAAUACUCAUCAUCACAACCAGCUCCUGCAGACCCGGCUCUAGUUCAAACUUUGCAGAACCUUGACCCCACUACUAUGCGUAGUGUUGUUGCUUUGUUACAACAGCAAAAUGGGCCCCCAGCCCCACAACCAGGAGCGCCUUCUUUCCAGGCUCCACCAGCAUAUCAGAAUUCUGCGCAGACAUCAACUUAUCAACAGAGUAGCCCCUCUGCUCAAGUCAAUUCCCUACUCGCGCAAAUCCAAUCCCAACCCCCUCCUCUGGCAACCCCUUUCCAGACAACUUAUCCCCAACAACCCCAGCAACCAUAUAGUAGUGCAUCCCAGCAACAAGGGCAACCAAAUCAGGCUUUGAUGGAUAUGCUCUCGAGAUUGGAAGGACAGUAA